UAAGCAAGCGAAGCUCGCCACCCAACCAAGACUCUCUCAGCUAUCUGGAGAGACUCGCAACCUUUUGUCUUUCCAUCUGUCUCUUUGCUUCCUUCCAUCAGUUCCUUCUCUCACCAGCUUCCUCAAUUCUAUCAAGCUUCCCUUCCUUCAUAUAAACACCUCUCUACCUUGAAUUCCUUGCUCCCAUCUUAGUCCUCUUGGAAAGGAGCAGAGAUGGGCUUUGUUAUAGUAAUCUCCCUUCCUCUGAUCAUCUUUGCCAUCUUGCUCGGUUUUGGCUGCUACUUCUUUGGGAAGACAAAGGGGAGGCAGGAAGCGCGUGCCGGUGUGGGCGCACAAGUCUAUGGUGUUCCCCAGCCCCCACCAGGCGCCACCGAGUCCUCAUCCCCAGCCCAUGAGAAGAAGGGCGGGCCAGAUAUUGUCUAAGAGCUUGCAAACAAAGAGGAGGACCAAUCUCUGCUUACCCACCGUUAUACCAAUGUCAACAUGCUGUUGGUUUCCCAUAGUUUUGUGUUCUCAUGUCUGUGUGGAGUUGGUUGAAUCAUUGAUUUCUUUUAUUCUUGUUUUUUUAUGUUGGAAGUGUGGAUGAUGUAUUAUCAGAGGAAACCAUAAAAUUUGUUACAUUAUUUUGGUAUGUAAGACAAAAAUUUGUGAUA